AUGUUUUUGACUCCCAGUUUGCUCAACCUGACUGUGUUUACUUCCAACGGAACCAAUCUUCCUCUGGGGAAAAAUGUUUCGUAUGCAUAUCUCUACAAAGCCCUAAAGGACUAUUUUCUACAGUGGUAUUUACCUCUGGUAAUCACUUUGGGAUUUUUUGGUUCUGUAUUCUGUAUGGUGUUCCUCACUCGAUCACAAAUGUUCCCGAAAAAUAUGCGCAUCUGGUUGAUCAGUAUAUGUAUCGGAGACUUCCUUAUUCUCGCCAUGGAAGGAAUAUGGAUGCUGUUGAAAGUGUGGUACAGCUUUGACAUUCGAGAUGUGAACGACACGUUGUGUAUUUUACAUACAGCUUUCUCCAAUUACCUGUUCUACUGGUCCGCUUAUGUUCAAUGUUUUGUCAGUAUGCAAAGAUGUUAUCUGGUCUUGAAACCCCUACACGUGAACGCACAGUUUCUGUCGGCCCGGAAUCUUUUGAUAUGUUUGUUCCUGACAAGUGUACUGCUCAUUGUUCCAAUACUGCCGUAUGCAAUCUAUUGGCGUGUGAUCGAUGGCGACUGUGAUCCGGUGAAUGAUGACAUAUUUCGUCUGACGACAGUAUGUGACUUGGUGUUUUGGGGUCUGAUACCGGUGGUUCUUAUGGCCACAUCCACCGUGAUCAUAUGGCGUAAUUUGCUUCAGAGACGUCAGAUGUUCGAUUCGCUGGGGAAUUUCAAACCGGGCGCCCGAAUUAAUGGAUUGGAUCUAACCGGCACGAACAAUGGCGGAUUGCCUAAAAAAGUUUCACGUCCCAAACGACAUUCGGUUGCUGUAUGUCGAAUGCAAAUUCAUGAUGAUGUCAAGAAUCGAUCGAAAUCGGUAGCAAAAAUUCUUGUCAGUACACCCAACACCAGUCCAUCAAGACGUGUUUCACAGUUUGCUUUACCCUCCAUGAAAAUUGCCUGUGGACAAGGAAAUUCAAAACGUCGUGGCACAGAUGGAAAUAAUCACGUGACCCUGCUUCUGAUCUGCAUGAAUUUUGUGUACAUGACCAGUGUAUAUCCGCUCAUUAUUUACUUCAUCUGUUUGAAUUUUAUCUUUCAUAGUUUAGACAAAGAUAUUCAUCGAUUCAUUUACUAUUUAUUUAGAAGCUUUUGUUUCCUCAACGCCUGCAGCAACUGGAUUUUCUAUUGUGUUGCCGGUGGAACAUUUCGUCGAAGAAUCAAACAUCUGUUCCGACUGAUCUGUUGUCGUCCCUGUAUUCGUGGAAGACGUUUACGCGGGACCGUGGAUCCGUUACCCACCGCAAUGGCUGCAUCCUCACAGUGGUCCAGCAAUAUGAAACGGUACAGCUGUACAGUGUAUGAAAAAAUGAGUUUGCCCACAACCCAGUCCAAUGUGACACGUUCCAGUUCGACCGGGAUUCAGUGGCAACUGAUCCGAGCAGAUGUUGAGCAGGCCCAAACGUGA